ACCAGCCAUUCAAUCAUUGUUCAGCAGUAAAAAUCGCCGUAUCCACUGAGCAAGAUCUAUACCGCCUGGGUUUUUUUCAUGGAUUAUCAACUUUUUAGUACUGCCGUGUUCUUCAUAGUAUUGCUGGUUCACGAUGCUAAUGGCAAUUGCAACGUGAAAGUCGAAAAAGUGGGGUGUUUUAACGAUGAUACUGAUAGUCGACUGCUGGAUAAGUUGCUUAUUUAUCGUCGUUCAACCUAUGACUACAAAAAACUACAUAUUUCUCUGCCAAGAUUGAUAUGUGACUGCGCAAGGAAAGCACGUUUUCAAGGGUUCCGUUACAUUGGCAUCCAGUUCUUCGCCGAAUGCUGGAGCAGCAGUUUGAAAGAACCAGACUAUGACAGGGAAGGAAAAAACGAACAUGAAUGUUAUAAUGCAACAUUUGGAAAGUGCUCUCAAGAUGACAGUGCAUGUACUGGCAGUGCAUCUGUUAAUUAUAUCUAUAAAGUUGUCUACCAGGAUGAGGUUACACCAGCUAGCACUGAGAUGACCACAAAGACACCAAGUACAACUGUCAAACCACCAUGCCAGGAUAAGUCAAGCAAAUGUCCAUCUUACCAGUCAUUUUGUACCAAUAAAUACCCAAAUAUGUUACAACUAUGCAGAAAAACAUGUCAACAGUGUGUAUAAUUCUCACCAUUGGCAUUCAAA